AUGCGUCGACUAUUUGUGAUCUAUGGUGGCAAGUGGAACGAGGCUGGUACGGUGUACGAAGGUGGCRUCAUGGGUGGGCUAGAUGUUGAUGAAACAAUAACAUAUGCCAACCUAGUAAGUGCCUUGCACAUGCUUACUAGAAUUGAUCUUGACCAAUUUGAUCUUAUUGUACAGUGCGUAUAUGAUUUGAUUUUCGAGAUUACACCAUUAGCCGAUAACGUUAUCUCAUGUAACCUAGACGACGACGAGAACGAUGAUGGGAAUGGUCAACUGUACGAGAACGAGGUUGAGUACGAAUUUCAGAGUGAUGAUGAGUAUGAUUAUGACGAAUAUCGUACCGAGGAUGGGGUUGAGGACGAUGGUGGGAAUGGAUAUGACAAUGGGGAGGAGGAUGAAUAUCAUACCGAGGAUGUGCUUGACGAACAUUAUGAGAAUGAAGGUCAACAUGUUCAUGAGUCGCAUACAGUGAGUGGGAAUGCACCUUAUCAAACAGUUGAAGAAGUUGUUUYACGUCCGAUGCAGAAUAUCAUAACUGGCAAUGGGUCCGACUUCAUAGGUGAAAUUGCUGUUAAGGGUAUUUUCCGUUCGAAGGAAGAACUACGCUUCAAACUGUCUGUGCUAGCUAUGAAGUUGAAUUUCAAAUUUAAAGUUAAAAAAUCGACGAAGACAUUGUUCACUGUUGGAUGUACCGAGCAAGGUUGCAAAUGGGGUUUGCGUGCAAAGAGUAUCCAAGGUGGUGACUCAUUCAUCAUUUCGAAGUUUAAUGAUUUUCACAAGUGCAAACGUGAAGUACUGAACCAUGACCACAGGCAAGCUCGGAGUUGGGUGGUUGGUCAGUUAGUGAAGUCCAAUGUGGAGGAUGUCAGCCGUCAGUACAGACCUAAAGACAUUAUUAAUGACAUGCGAAGGAACUAUGGGGUGAACAUUAGAUAUGAAAAGGCAUGGCGGGCGAAAAAUGUUGCCUUGAAUCUGCUAAUGGGGCCACCUAAGCAUUCAUAUACUUUGUUACGCAAAUAUGGUGAAGCAUUGAAGGCUGUUAAUUCAUGCACUGUUUUUGGAGUGGAACUGGAGGAAGAUAAAUAUUUUAAGUACGCGUUCAUGGCCCUAAGUUGCUGUAUUAGAGGGUUAUCCAGUUGUAUCCGCCCAGUGCUGGUGAUAGAUGGUGCACAUCUCAAGGGUAAAUAUAGAGGUGUUAUUCUUAUUGCUUCUUYUGUUGAUGGCAACAAUCAAAKAUAUCCUCUUGCCUUUGGACUUGUCGAUCAAGAGAGUGAWCAAUCAUGGACUUGGUUUCUGAACAUGGUCRAGACGUGUAUUGGAGAGGUCGAUGGGUUAUUAUUYGUAUCUGAUCGACAUGUGUGCAUUACGAAAUCUGUUAGGCAGGUCUUUYCACAAKCRRCUCAUGGAAUAUGCAUGCAACACUUGYCUACGAAYGUGAAGGACAAGUUCAAGGACGAUGCCAUGCAAGAAAUUUUCAUAUUAGCKGCAAAGGCUUGCCGGAAAUCUGAGUUCAGAUACUAUUUCUCCCAACUAGCAGGAUUUCCAGAGGUCCAGCGAUACUUGGAAGGAAUUGGUUUUGAAAAAUGGACUCGUGCAUUUCAACCGGGUUUGAGUUCCAAAUGCAGUAUAUGA